AUGAGCAGCCAUGACCAUCUGACCGUGCAUCAACGAGGAAGGCACGGCGAACCUCUGAAUGCAGAGGACAAGGAGGCUUCGUCGUCCUUCAUUACGCCCAUCCCUCACCUCUUCCACCGCAAUCACGAUGACAUCAUCUAUGAGCCGUCCACACCGGCGACGUACGACGAGUGGAGCGUGAGCCUGGGUGUGGACGAGGCUGUGAUCAGAGAGCAGGGCUGGCCACUCGGUGCCAGCCAGACGACAGUCAAGCUCGUCGAUCUAAUGGGCAACGAGGACGAGGUGGACGUGACGGCGGUGCUGGAGUGCGCAGGGAACCGGCGCGAGGAGCUGGUCGAAAGCGAGCAUGGCAAGGCAGAGGGCAUACAGUGGAAGGCUGGCGUCAUCUCCAAUGCCGUGUGGUCGGGUGCCUCGGUGCGCUCCAUGCUGCUCCGCUUAGGCGUGGCCGAUCCGUACGCCCUCCACGCCGACGCAACCCGGCUCGUACCGUCCGAGGAGAGCAUCGCGCACGAUGCGGCAGCCUGGUCGCGGGACCUGCAUCUGCACCUCCUUUCGUCGCAGCCCUCAUCGGAGUCCGACAGGCCGGCAGGCGAGCACUUUGGCGCUUCGGUCCCUCUGGCGACGGCCAUGCAUCCGAAUCAGGCUUGCUUGCUGGCGUGGAAACACAACGGCACCGCCCUCUCGUGCGCCCAUGGCUUUCCCCUACGUGCCGUGGUGCCCGGCCACGCGGGCGCGCGCUGGGUCAAGUGGCUCAGCGGGAUGCGCGUGAGCAAGCUGGCCAACGACAGCCCGCCAAUGAGACUCGACUACAAGAUCAUCGAGCCGCCGAGCGAGGGUGAGAAGGCAUGGAGGGACGAGGUGAUGGGUGUGCCACAGAGGCGAAAGGAGAUCCUCGAAGCCGCCGAGCCGCUGCAGAGGCUGGGCAUCGGCUCGGCCAUCGACGAGCCAGUCGAGGGCCAGGCACUGCAGCUGGGAGGAGGAGGAGGAAGAGGAGGAGGAGGCAGCAGUGCGUGUGCCAGAGGCUAUGCUGUCGGACAGGACGGAUCGCCAGUGUCCGUCGUCGAGUACAUCUUUGUCGCCGAUCCGGGCCGGAAGCUGGCUUCGGUGGCCGAUCUCCGCAACGCGGCGGAUUCAAAAGGCGCCGAAGCAUGGGCCAGGGCAACGACGGUCCAGAUGUCGAAUCAGCCCGAUGGUGAUGAACAGCUGGCGGCUCGCUUCAGCUGGGCAUGGUCCAUCUGGCAUACAGACUUGCCCUGUUCGUUGCGCUCAGCGAUGGGCGACGAGGGCGUCAAUCGAUAUGCGCUAAUCGUCCGGGCCACUACACAGGCGGGCGUCAUGCAGGAAAGGGAGUCGCCGUGGAACAUUCGGGGGUUUAAGACGCGAAGCUGGCCUGUCGUGAGGGGCCUGUCGCUGUCAUAA